AGCAACCGCUAUCAGCCGAACGGACAUCACUCGAUCCGCACCUCUCAAUCCGAGCCAACAACUCCCCCACAAAAACCACCCUCCAAAAUGGCAUUCAAGCUCGUCGUCCUCGCCGCCGCCCUGGCCGUGGCCAACGCCGGUCUGAUCGGCGCCCCCGUCGCCUACUCCUCCCCCGUGGCGUACGCCAGCCCCGCCAUCGGCUCCUCCCACGAGAGCACCGUGCGCUCCCUGGACGGCAACUCCGCCGUGACCACCUACUCCAAGGCUGUGGACACCGCCUUCUCCAGCGUGCGCAAGUACGACAGCCGUGCCAGCAACGACGCCCAGAUCCUCGCCCACGCCCCCGUCGCCGCCUACGCCGCCGCCCCCGCCUACACCUCGUACGCCGCCCCCGCUGCCUACGCUGCCCACUCCUACGCCGCCCCCGUUGCCCACGCCUACGCCCCCGCUGCCUACGCCGCCCCCAUCGCUAAGGCCUACGCCGCUCCCGCCUACGCCGCUGCCCCCGUCGCCCACGCUGGUCUCCUCGGCGUUGCCUACUCCGCUGCCCCCGUGGUCUCCCACAUGACCUACACCAGCGGCCCCAUCGCCUACGCCUACUAAGCGCCCGGCGCUUCCUCUAUCUAGUCAGCAUCCGAGACAUCCACCUACACAGUAUUUAUUUACAUCCACACCAAUUGACUUCGUCAAGUCCCGACUGAGGCCCGCCGAGGCACCAUGACCUACGCGGCCAUAAACUGUACAUGACCUACUUUUGAAGUUUGGUCCUUAUUUAUUUGAAAAUAAAAAAAACAUGAUAUAAGCAAA